CAUUCAGAAUACCAUUGUGGGGUCCAGGCUCUGAGUUAGCUCAACGAAGGGGGAAAAAAAAACGAGGGAAGAGGGUGGUUAAGAGCUGAUCAUAUGCGACUCUGUCCCGGGCAAUUUCCAUUUGUACUGUGCAUGCAAUUUGCCUGUGCGGUUUUAUUCGUGUAAUUUCAUCAAACACUUUGGCUUCACCUCUCUGAUUUCUCCGUAAACCCAAACAACGCUCUCAGAUUUCUCUUUUUUCUCGAUCUAAACCAUCUACAUACGGUUUAUAUGGUUACUUGACAUUGCAACUGUUUCAGUUUUCGCAAAUUGUUACUUUCGUUUUUCCAUUUUUUUUUCUGUUGGAAGAUAAAUUUUGGGAUCUAGGGUUGUGUUGUUUGAUAUACUUGAGAUUAUUAUAGAAAAUGGUGGAUAUGGAAGGUGUAGUUGGUGACAUGGCAUCGCUGGACACAGAAUUGUUAAAUCUACCGGAACUGUCACCAUUGGCACUUAAAGCCAAUCCCGGUCUCGCUGAGGAGCUUUUCUCGCAGUGGCUUUCGCUUUCUGAUAGUUCGCGAUUGGUGACAUCUUUGCUUGCUGACAUGAAGACUCGGGCUACCUUUAAUGCCCUUGGCAAUGCUACUACUACUAAUGUUGUUUUGAACAAUUCAUUACCAUCCAUGUUUGCUGCUGGCAGCGCUCCUCCACUUUCACCACGUAAUUCAUCAGGUUCACCACGUAUUACGAAACAGAGGACUGGUCCCUCUUCUUUAGGUUCUCCACUAAAAUUAGUUAGUGAACCAGUACGAGAAGUAAUACCUCAGUUUUACUUUAAGAAUGGCCAUCUAGUUCCAAAUGAAAUUAAAGAACAAUGCUUAGUUGAAAUAAAUAAGCACUUUUGCGGUCACUCGGAUGGACUGCGAGAACAUGAGUUCAAGUCAAUCACCAAGGGCUUCUGUAAGCUUCCAUCUUUUUUCUCAACAACUUUGUUCAGAAAGAUUGAUGCUGUCAGUGCUGGCAUUGUGACAAGGGAUCAAUUUAUUGAUUAUUGGAUGAAAGGCAACUUGACCAUGGAUUUGCCAACCAGAAUUUUUACAGUUCUAAAGCAACCGGAUAAGGGAUACCUUACUAAGGAUGAUUUCAAGCCUCUUUUACGAGAAAUUUUGGCAACUCAUCCGGGGUUGGAAUUUUUGCAAAACACCCCUGAAUUUCAAGAAAGAUAUGCUGAAACGGUUAUAUACAGAAUUUUUUACUAUGUUAAUAGAUCGGGAACUGGCCACCUUACCCUAAGGGAGUUGAAGCGUGGGAAUCUAAUUGCUGCAAUGCAGCAUGUAGAUGAGGAGGAAGACAUUAAUAAAGUUCUAAGGUACUUUUCAUAUGAGCACUUCUAUGUAAUAUACUGCAAAUUUUGGGAGCUCGAUACCGAUCAUGAUUUUUUGAUUGACAAAGAGAACCUUAUCAGAUAUGGUAACCAUGCUCUUACAUACCGGAUUGUUGAUAGAAUUUUUUCUCAGGUACCAAGGAAAUUUACUAGCAAAGUUGAAGGGAAGAUGGGUUAUGAAGAUUUUGUUUAUUUCAUACUGUCGGAAGAGGAUAAAUCUUCUGAACCUGGCCUAGAGUAUUGGUUCAAAUGCAUUGACAUAGAUGGGAAUGGAAUCCUCACAAAAAACGAAAUGCAGUUCUUUUAUGAAGAGCAGUUGCAUAGGAUGGAAUGCAUGGCCCAAGAACCUGUCCUCUUUGAAGAUAUAUUGUGUCAAAUGGUUGACAUGAUUGGACCGCAGAAUGAGGGCUACAUCACGCUACGGGACAUGAAAGGUUCCAAACUCGCUGCCCAUGUUUUCAACAUUCUUUUCAAUCUCAACAGGUUCAUUGCUUUCGAAAGUCGUGACCCUUUCCUCAUCCGUCAGGAACGUGAGAAUCCAACUUUGACAGAGUGGGAUCGUUUUGCACAUAGAGAAUAUAUUAGGCUUUCUAUGGAAGAAGAUGGUGAAGAUGCUUCAAAUGGAAGUGCAGAUAUCUGGGAUGAAUCUUUUGAGGCUCCCUUUUGAAAUUAGCAAGGUUUGAUGGUAACAUGUGGGAGUUGAAUGAUCAAGGGCCUUACCCACUCAUGGUUAACAAAGUAGCUGGCUUUUCUGCUAUCAGCUCUAUCAAUAAAAUUGGUUGGAAACUUUAUUUGACACUGCAAUCACAUUACAUCAGGUUGCCUGGAAAAUAUUGAUGUGCCUUUUCUCCUAGCUUUUUCCGACGAACAUCCUUCCCUGCUUGUUGUGGGUGAAUGGGUGAAAAAGCAAAUAUGUCAAUGAAACAAGAAUUCAUAUUACAUCUCAGACUCUCAGUCGAAUCCAUGAUAAGCUUUGUUGUCUCAAAUUUUAUAUUUCAAUAUGAAAAUGAAAUGUAUCUUUGAAUGAUAUAUAAAAGAUCCUCAAUUUCUUGUUACAAAAA